CCGGCUUCCGGUGUGCUGGCGGCGAUUUCCGGUUUUUGUGCGGCGGAGCGGUGAGGCCGGGGAGAUGUCCGGACGCUGAGCCGCCUCUUCCUCCUCUGAUGGCCGCCGACCAGGACAAGCUGGACGGACUGACAGUGCCGGGCCGCAGAACCAAAGCCGGUAUGCAAAUGAAGAGCCCGGAGAAGAAACGUCGCAAGUCAAACACUCAGGGGCCGUCCUACUCUCACCUGUCGGAGUUUGCCCCGCCUCCAACCCCGAUGGUGGACCACCUGGUGGCCUCCAAUCCCUUCGAGGAUGACUUUGGAGCUCCGAAGGUCAGCGCCACCGCCUCUCCGUUCAUGAACAACCCCGUCCCCUUCAGCAGCUACCGCAUGCAAGGUGGAAUGCCUCACCAGGUACCCCCAGGAUAUCCGGGAGGGCCCCAGCCAAUCAGACGUCAGCAUCCGCCCUUUCCACCCAACCAGAUGGGCCCCGGGUUCGGCAUGCCUCAGAACCCCAACUACGUCCAACCCGGAAACAUGAACUUCUCCAACCAGCCCUUCAACCAAGGCAUAGGACAGAGCUUUAGCCCCCGGGUGGGCAGAUCAUACAGGGCCCGGUUGCGGGAUUUGGCCCCAUGAUGUCUCCCACCAUGGGUCAGCCUCCCCGCGGAGAACUGGGGCCGGGUCCCGUGUUGAACUCUCCCAGCGGUCCGCCUUUCACCCAAAGGUUUGGCUCGCCCGGUCACCCCUUCGGACAAGCGUCCAUUCAGAGGCCAAGCCUUCCGCCCAACGCCAGUCCGUUCUCCGGGGCCGACCAAAACUUCCCUCCGGGGGUGGAGGACCACAGCAAGAACUUGAACCCUCCCAGCAACACCUUCAACCAAGAGCAGCACGUCGGCUCUCCGUCGGCCGUCAACGGCAAUCAGCAAACCUUCACUCCCAACAGCGCCCCCCGCGGGAACAGCAGCACGCCAGAGGUCAACAACAUCCCCCCCGCCCAGCAAACCCACCGGGAACUCCGGGCACCAACCCCCUCCAGGACUCGUUUAUCCCUGCGGGGCGUGCCGCAACGAGGUCAACGACGACCAGGACGCCAUAUUGUGCGAAGCCUCUUGCCAAAAGUGGUUCCACCGCGAGUGCACGGGGAUGACCGAAAGUGCCUACAGUCUGCUGACACGGGAGGCCUCCGCCGUGUGGGCGUGCGACUACUGCCUGAAGACCAAGGACAUUCAGCCUGUGUACAUCCGAGAGCCCAUGGGCCAACUGGUGGCCGCCAACGACGGAUG